AUGCUGCUGCUGGCUGCGGGCUGCCGCCGCGCCGCCGGCCCGGCCUUGGCCUCCGCCUCGGCCGCGGCCGCCGCCUGGCUGCGGGGCGCCGCUCGCCGCGGGGUCCCGGCCGCCUGCAGCCGCCGGGCGGCCCUGCCCGCGCCCGAGGGGGUUCAGCAGGUUACAUCUUUCCAACGUCUGGCUGUUCGCAGUCUCAGCACACCCCCCCCUCAGGAACACUCAGAACAUGGAAGACUAAUUUAUACUGGAAAUCUCGCAAAGGCGGUGUUAGGUGUGAGAUUUUUCUCUUAUUCUACCAGCGUGUUCAACCUUUUCAUGAUGCCCUACAUCAUACUCAAAACUGGUAUUGGAUUUGAAAGUCUAUUUGUACAAGCUGCUUUUUAUGGCUUGAUAGGGUUUUUUACAUUUAUAACACCAAUAACCUUGCAUAUCCUUACAAAAGGCUAUGUGAUUCGACUCUAUUAUAAAGCUGACAUGGACACAUAUACAGCCAUUACAUAUAAUGCAAUCUUGGCAGAAAAAGCAACUGUCUUCCAUCAGAAUGAUGUAAAGCUUCCAGACAUCAGCAGGAUGUUUACAACAUUUUAUGCUAAAACUAAAUCAAUGCUUGUUAAUCCAAUGCUUUUCCCAAAUCCAGAGGAUUAUGAACAUCUCAUGGGCUAUGACAAACCUUUUUAUUUUGACUUGGAGGAGGAAAAAGAAGCCACUGAAAGCAAAUAAUUUGAAGAUAAUGAAUGUCACUAUCAUUAUUUGUGGUGCAAUGCUACCUAUGUGAAAGAAUGUAAAAUUCUGUAAUUCUGUAACAUUUUUUAAAGUCUCAGAUACUGUUAGAGUUCUUCAGAUGCAUUUUGGAAUGUAUAAAAGACCAAAGUCAUUUUUUUUAAAUAACUUGUAAACAGUAUGAGGGAUUUCUUCAUAGUUAAUGACACAAAACACAGUAAAACAAAUGCUUACAUCU